AUAUUCUAGAUUUCGCUUUUUAUAUAUAUAUAUAUAAAUACAUACACGAUGGCAGUGGAAAAGAAAUUAUCAAAGCGUGAGCAAAAGGCCGAAGCCUUCAAGAAGAGAGCCAAGAAGCCUCAAUUCACUGAUGAAAUGGCUGUUCCCGAAUCAGACGAGAUCCUCCCUACUGUUACUGUUGCGGAGCCAGUUGCGAGUGCACCUGUCAAACGUAAAGCAGAAGCCAUCAGUGUACCUGUUGAAGGUGAAUCUACCGAACCUCAUAAAAAGAAGAACAGAAGAAGUAAAAAGAGUUCCAACAUGGACGGUAGCCGAUAUAUUAUUUUUGUUGGUAACUUGCCUUAUGCAACUACCAAGGAAGAACUCGAAAAGCAUUUUGAAAAUGUGGAAGGAAUUAAAUCCACUCGUCUUUUAACGGAUAAGGCCACUGGUAAGCCCAAGGGGUUUGCCUUUAUGGAAUUUGAAAACUCCAAGGAUCUUAACAAAGCAUUGGCUUUCCAUCAUACGUUUUUCAAAAAGAGACAGAUUAACGUAGAAUUAACUGCUGGUGGUGGAGGAAGUAAGAGUGAAACACGUAAAGAAAAGCUCAAGGUCAAAAACGAACGUUUAACGGAAGAAAGAGCAAAGAAGCAUGAAGAAAUAAAGGGUAAAGCAGCACCCGAAUCAUCCUAUAAAAUCGAUAUUCCUCAAUAGAUCCCAUUUAUUUGUAACACAGAAACAACACAUAUAUUUACGCGCGCAUAUUAUACACACACACACACACACACACAUGGAAAAGAAAGGGGGAGGGCGGUUAAUCUUGAUUCCGACCGGUCAAUAAAAAAUAAAAUAAACAAAAAUCUUUUUCCCUUUCU